AUGACCUCCCGCAACAGCUCUAGCGGGCUUCCUCGGCGUCGGAAUGGCAAGCAGCAAGCCUGUGAGCCAUGCCGGAUAGCGAAGAUAGCUUGCGACCACGCCUUGCCUGUGUGUGACCGCUGCAAGCGCAGGAAGGUUUCUGGGAAAUGUGUCUAUCUAGAGGCCCCUAUGACCCGGCCUUCAGCACAGGCUCGUGACUCGAGUUCCACGACGGCGGCAAGUAGACAUAGGGUGAGUACCGCAUUGUCUAGCAACACCGCAGCGCCUCUCCCUUCCAAUUCGGCCUUGGCCUCACCUUCGUCAACAUCUCCAAGAAGUGCUAGAGGAUCAUUACAAUCACCCGCCCAGCCGGGAAACACGACGGAGACCUCGUCGUCUGGACGGCCCCCAGCCAAAUCUGGUAGCAGCGGGAGCUUCUUCGGCCCAACCAGCUUCUCCGCCGUCUUCAUGGAAAACAGAGAGAACUUUGCCACUGGGGAUAACGAAAUGCACGUUUCCAAUGAGAAUGCCAACACCCCUCUGCCAUCGGAAAGUCUACAGUCGCAGACCUUUUUGUUGCUCAGCGGCAGUUGCUCAGAUGGAGGGAACGCACGCGUGGCGCUGGGAGCGAAAGUGUUAAGAGCGUUGCCGGAUAAAAAUACCUGUAAUUUCCUUCUCGAGCGGUAUUAUGAAAAGUGCCAUGAAUCUGCCUUCCUAAAGCACAGCGCAGUGAGCUGCGCGGCCAGUGUAUGGACGACAUUUGGUUCAUCGCUUAAAGAGCCGCGAAAGAGGGAAGGCCUGGAACACGUGUCUGGGAUCCUGUUCAAGAAUUCUACUACAGCGUUGCAGGAACCCAGCGGUCCUGAUGACUAUACCAAGUGGCUAGAAUCCUUCUCUGGCGAGAAUCUGCGGUGGGAGAGUUUGGGCAUCGUGUUUGCUUGUAUCGCGGGCGCCGUUCUCAGUAUGUCCGAGCGGGAUGCGUUCUUUACGGCCCAGAAAGGGGGACGAAGGGAUAGGAUAUCGUUCGCGAUGGAUAUAAAGGAUUGCGUACAAGCUUGUGUUACGCUGAGCAAUUAUAACGAUCUUAUUAAUACCCUGAUGAUCGCCUUGUUGGCGAAGAACGUAACUCUACAGACUAUUAUCAGUGGUGAUACUAGCUUGGUUGUCUGGAGACAGCUUGGGGAUCUAGUAAGUGCUUCCACGGCACUUGGGCUACAUCGACAGACCGAUGCGAAGCAGCCAAUAUCGUUCCUUACAGAGUUGAGGAAGCGCCUAUUUGUAAAAGUAUUUUGCUUCGACAAAGGCGCCGCUACCCUCACUGGCCGCCCUCCAGCUCUCAGUUAUCGGUAUACAAGAUUUCAAGAACCCUUAGACCUUAGUGAUGAUGUGAUUACGCGCGGGGGCGAAGAGCUUGCUGAAGCAAUAAGUAAGCUUGACUCGAAUGGUUGGAAUACCGGCGGUCACAUCUACCGAGCUACGGUCGCACGUACAGACCUUAGACUAGGCAUCGUUCUUGGUGAGAUACUAGAGCUGGUUCUUGGACAUGCACAAGAUUGCACAGAGGAACAGAUUAGAUGUCUACUGGAGCGCCUCGACAAGAAUUACUCCGAUUUCCCAUCAUUCCUCCAGUUCUCGCUGUCCGACCCACGGAUAAGAACAUACAGCGACAGCCAUUUCUGGAAAACCAUGACCACCCGCCUCUACCUCCUCGACGACCGUCUCGUCCUCGAGAGACUAGCUCACAAACGCGGCUUCGCGGACGGCCAAUCCAUGGUCGAUUGCGCGCGUGAAAUGCUAGAAAUUACCGUAAUGAUAUGGGUGCAACGGGACCGCUUUGCCUCAGAGCAGCACAACUUCGACUGGAUGCUAAUGUCUUGGGGCGUCCCAUCAGCCGGCGUUCUCUGCGUCGAGCUCCUGAACCAACUCAAACACCCAGGAACCCCCGGCCUGCGAAUACCCCGCUCGGAGGUUGUGCAGAAUUUGAGUCUGGUUAUUGGGUUCUUGGAGUGGGUUCGUCCUCCUGCCGGGAACUACCAGAUUUGUGUCCGGAUGAAAUUGAUCAUUAAGCGUAUUUUGGAUCGGGUUCUUGAUCCUUCACCGCCCUCGUCGCAGAGUACCGCAAUCCCAGCCGCUUCGCAAAGAUUUACUUCGGAUUCGACGGCUUUUACUGAGGCGGCUGCUGGCCAAAACUUUGAGUUGCCAGUGAGUGGUGUUAUGGGGCCUUUGGACACUACGGUGCCGCAACCCCCACCCGCGGCUUUUGAUAGUGGCAAUGAUGAAUACGGACUGGAUAACCUUGACUGGUUGAAUAGUGUGGAUUGGUCGAGAGGGCCGUUGAUUGAUCUUGGUGACUGGGAUUAUUCUACCAUGGACGGGAACAAUCCGUUUUAA